CAGUGCUGCGCGGGCGCGCCGGUUCAAACGCGAUGGCGGCUGAGGCGGCUCAGGGCUGAGGGGGAGCGACCUCCGCCCGGCCCCUUCACUCUCCCGCCACUGCCUUGGCAGGAUGUCUGCGCACAGGAGAGACCCCGGCACCGCGGCGGCGGGCGGACAAGCGCCUGUAGUUAAGCGGAAAGGAGGAAGAACGGUGCAGUCUCGUUACCUGCAGUACGACAGGAAGAACACCGAGAAGGGUGCUUCAGCAAGUUCCUCUUCAUUGUGUGCUGCCCCACCAUCUUCUGCAGCUAAACCAAAAUCAGUUCUUUCUCAGAAACAUGAAACUUCUGUUGGUGUUGGCCAUAGCUUAAGUCAGAGUAUCUUUGAGAAAGAUGACUUGCAGUCCACCUUAUUAGAUGAAGAAAAAAUUAAAAGACCAGACCUUGAUCUCUCAGCUAUUAAUGAUAAAACUGUCCACAAGAAGAGUGAUUGUUCAGAAUCGGCUGAAGAAGGAGAUGCACAGACACAGACAGACAAAACCGGAGCAGAAACUGAUUCCAGUGAUUCAAUGACAGAGCUGGAAUCUGAGACACUACUUUUAACUUACUUAAGAAUAGAGGCAGGAAAAAAUCUUGCCAAGCUGGAGGAAAAAGCAGAAAAAAACUUGAUGAUGUUGUGUGAAGAAAAGCAGAGACAACAGGAGAAGCUCUUGGAGUUAAAACGUGAAAUUCUGCUUAAAGAGAGAGAGCAGAAGCUCAGUGAAACAUUAGACAAACAGAUUGAAGUGCUGUCUCCCCUUGUUCCUGUCUGUGAACAGUUUCAAAAGCAAUAUAAAAGCUUUGCAGCUUCCCUGGAUGCCACUAGACAUGAAUUACCCAUAAAGAACAUUCACAUAGAAGGAGAUAAGCAAGCAUAUCUUGAUCAGCUGGGAAAGCAAUUAAAGAUCACACGGGAGCUUCUGACAGAAAUUAUGCCAAGCCACUCAGAAGACUGUGCAAAAGCACUUACUGCACUGAAAGAGCUUAAAGAAGUGUCUCAGAAACUGGAUAAAGAGCUUCAAAGGAGCUUCAGAGAAGUGCAGAACCUGUCGUUUGAAGUCAGUAAAGAAGUUUCUCUGCAUAACCAAAGUGUGUGUGAAGAGAAGCACGGGCUAGAUGUUAUGAGACGCUGGUAUUUCAACUAAGUUUCUGUAUAGUUUUACUGCUGGGUAGGUACUAGCUCAAUGCCAUUGGACAUGCUAUCCUUUUGCUUCUUGUAUGAACAUACAACUUGCCCAGUUUUUCAGUUAUAUGGGGAUGUGAAACCAGCAGCACAAAUACAGAAAAUGGAGCGUUGUUCUGCCUGCUGUCCCAUCAGGACACAUCACAGCUCUCUUUUAACAUGUAUUUCUGUGACAGCUGUUUCAUCACUUUCUGCCUUGACAAUACUGAAAAGUAAAUAAUAAUAA